AUGAAGGCGUGUCGGUGUAUCACCGUCCUCACCGGCGCCGGCAUCUCUGCUGAGUCGGGAAUUCCAACAUUUCGUGACGGCGAUGGACUCUGGUGCAAUCACCGUGUCGAGGAUGUAGCAUCCCCAGACGCAUUCCUCGCGAACCCAGCUCUCGUGCAGCACUUCUACAACGAGCGUCGCCGCAAUCUUCUGUUGAGCUCCGUCAGGCCGAACAAAGCGCACAUGGCACUCGCAAGGUUAGAAAAUGAGCUCAGAGGAAAGACAAAAGUGGUUGUUGUUACGCAGAACGUGGACGAUCUGCAUGAACGCGCUGGAUCAACACAUGUUUUGCACAUGCACGGCGAACUUCUGAAGGUCCGCUGCACCGUCACGGGAAAGGUAUUUGUGUGGACAAAGGACAUUGUGCGAGACGCUGACUGCUGCCCAGAUUGCGGCCUACUUGGCACGUUGCGCCCGCACAUUGUUUGGUUUGGUGAGAUGCCGCUCUACAUGGACAAAAUCGAGUCGGUCCUGUCGGAGACAGAUAUCUUUGUUUCCAUCGGCACCUCCGGAGAUGUGUACCCCGCCGCGGGAUUUGUGCAGCGUGCGCAGUUUUACGGCUCGACGACGCUGGAGCUGAAUCUUCAGGAGGGCUCCAACAACUCUUUUUUUCAGGAGUCCAUCUACGGCAAAGCAAGUGACAUUGUGCCAGCUUGGGUGGACCGAGUGCUGAAAGCGAGCUCAGGGUGGUGA